ACACAUGUCUCAUGACAUAGUGUUACACUGGGUAAACAUGAACAAAACAAACGAUGCUCCACAACACAAUGCUCUGAGACUGUCACAGACUAAGAUUCCGAUUUCCACAGCGGUGCAAUCCUACAACUCCGCCGCUAUCUUCACCGAAUCAAUUUAGUCGGAGAUCGAUUUCCCCUUUCCUUUUGUUUCUCGGCAACCAAACAAGUUCUUUUUCAUUUCGCGGAGCUCACUGCACCUCCUACCAUGGAAGCCACUGAUAACAACACAGAACCCACACAUCAAUAUGGUUCUCCGAAAUUAGCUGGUUCUGUUAACUGGGGCACAGCAACCGUCAUUGGAAUAUUUGCGGGCAUGUUAUAUGGUGGUAGCAAGGAGGCAGCUGCUUCUGUUAGCAAGGAUGCAGAAGUGAUGUUGAAACUUGGGAGCACAGAAGACAAACGUGCACAACAUCGAUUGAUGAGAGAUGCAAUGGAGAAACGAUUCCUUCGAGUUACACGGGGCUCAAUAGUUGGAGGGGUACGCCUUGGAAUGUUUACUGCUGCAUUUUUUGGCAUACAAAACCUGCUUGAAGAGAAGCGAGGCGUCCAUGAUGUUUUUAACAUUAUUGGAGCUGGAUCAGCCACUGCUUCAGCUUUUGGCUUAAUCUUGCCAGGAUCACUUCAUUGGCGGGCAAGGAAUAUGGCGCUAGGGUCGGUGCUGGGAGCAGCAUUUUGCUUUCCUCUUGGUUGGAUCCAUUUGAAGCUGGUGGAAAAAGCUAAUGAAGCGAAUCCGGCUAUACAUCCACAUUUACAACAGAGAGAAGUAAAAGGUGGUGUUAGUGCUGCAAUUGAGAGGCUGGAAGGAAAUUUAAGUAAAUGAAAGCUAUUCUUAUUAGUCAGAUCUGAUACCCCUCACGCCCAGAACCAGCACAUCAUGUCAUUUCAAUUGUCAUAAGAGAAGUGGGGCAAUCUUGUGUUGGAGGACGGUGCAAAACGCUUCAAAUGGGAGGUUGAUUUACCAAAAUGGGACUAAUUUACUUUUUAUUUUAGUCAAAAUAGGUCUACUUUAAAUUACCAGUUUGGGGUUGAUUCUGAGUAGGUGGUUUUGUUUUUUUUUUUUCUUCACUUUUUACUAUGCCAUGUGGCAAUUUCUUAUGCUGCCAUGUGGCUUUACGACACAAACUUGUCUUUUAUGACUUAAGUGACAUGUAGGAGCUGAUUGGCUACGUGAUGGCUUUUAUGCUGUAAUCAUGGUCAGGCAACGUUAAUUAAAAAUAAAAUUUGAUUGGACACUUAUGAAUCA